UCGGUUCAGCAGCGGGUGUGCGCGUAUUUUGUAUCUGUGAGAUAAAAAAAAAAUUGGAAAUCCAAAACAAAAAAAAUAUUUACAGAGCGUGGAGAGUAAAUGAAAAAAAAACCAAUUCGUUUGGGCAGUGAGUGUGUGAUGAAAAUCAAAUGAGAAGAUCUGAUAAAUAAAUUUUGCGAAAAAUUCAAUCAAUUUAACGAAAACAAAAAUCAAAAAAAAAAAAAAAAAUCAAUUCGAUUUGUAUCGGCGCUUGCAUUCAAUUAAAAGUCAUUUCGUGCGUGGAAAAUUGCCUUCAAAUUUAUGUGGAUUUAAUUGGCAAGCAAAAACACAAAGUAAAUAAACAAAACGCGUGGCCUACAAAUUGCCGCAGUGAGUGUGAAUAAUGAGGAUGGUUCCAUCACUGAAACGCCGCCACCGCCACUUCCCAGGGCAAAUGUGACAAAUAUUUCAGAAUAAAGAAAAAAAUUGCAAACAAUUUUGAAAAAGCAAAUGUUUGCUUACUAUUUUUAGUGCUUUUUUAAAUAUUGGCAAUUAAAAUAAAAAUUCUUAAGACGCCGCAAAAUUUUCCUGAAAAUUAGCAACACGUGCCUGGUCGCCGUUAGUGUCAGCUAAAUUUUUCCGCGUUAGACGAGACGAGUGUCGUAAAAAUAUUUUUUUUUUUUCUCAACGUUAUGUUUGAAGAUCUACAUAUUUCGAGAUCAUAAUUUCGAAGGUGGUUCGCGCGUAAUCCGCGUAUUUUUUGUUUUGUUUUGAAAAUUGAAAUUUCUUUGCAAUUUUGAAAAAUUUUGCUCCCUGUUCAUUGUUAAACUUUCGUAAAAAAUGGGCUUCUCAACGGCCCUUCAAGGCCGUGCGGCAUUCGAGGCCUUAAUUGCCCGCCAAGAUGUCGAGCUGCGUCUGAUGGAUAUCAUGAAGCGUACUAUCCAGCUGAAGGCCAAAUAUGACAAGGAAUAUGCCGUUGGACUAGCUGCUGUGGCACAACAGGGUUUGAAGAUCGAUCGAGCCGAUGACAUGCAAGGCAGUCUCAUUACAAAAUCCUGGCGUUCCUAUAUGGAUGAAUUGGACCAACAAGCCAAACAAUUUAAAUUCAAUGCCGAACAACUCGAAGUGGUCUGCGACAAAUUGGCCCACUUGUACCAGGAUAAGCGCAAGGCCAAGAAGACAUACCAGGAGGAGCAUACAAAAAUUUCCGCCAGAUUAAAUCAUCUCAAAGAGGAGGUGGAACGAAAGAAAAACGAAUAUACAAAACAUUUGGAUGGAUACAGAACACUAAGGGAUCGCUUUGAGGAACACUAUAUUAAGGCUGGUCGCAGUGGUCGCAAAGUUGACGAUGUUCGUGAUAAAUAUCAAAAAGCCUGCCGUAAAUUACAUUUAACACACAACGAAUAUGUACUCUCCAUAACCGAGGCAGUUGAAGUUGAAAAAGAUUUCCGCACCAUACUCCUACCCGGUCUGUUGGAACAUCAACAGUCGGUGCAGGAAAGUUUCAUCCUCCUAUGGAAGAAUAUAUUACAGGAAGCCAGCCAAUAUAGUGAUCUAACAUCGGAUAAAUUCAAAGAGAUUCAAAAACGUAUCGACACUGUGAUAAACAGCAUAAAUCCAAGCGAGGAAUAUCGGGAAUUCACAGAAAAGCAUAGAACAUCACCCACCACCCCUGUUGUAUUUCAAUUCGAUGAAUCCCUCAUCAAAGAUAUCCCCGGCAAAUUACAGUCCAGUACAUUGGCCGUUGAUAAUUUGACGGUCGAUUGGUUGCGUACUAAACAAUUGGAAUUGGAGUUAUUCGUACGAGACUGCCAAGAGAAACAAAUGAAAAUGAUUGAACAUGUCAAUGGUGGUUCACCCAUAGCCAAUGGAUCAAUAACCUCAAAUGGUAGCAUUAACAGCAAUGGCAUUCAAUCGUCAAAGGAAAAUCAAAACCGUCAAUCAAAGGACUUGAAUGCCCUACGUUGUCAGGAGAAACAAAAGCAGAAACUAUUGGAUAUGAUUAAAUGUGCCCUCAAUGAGGUGGGAUGCGAAGAACUGCCACCCGGUGAUGAUUUGCCAAAUUUCCCCUGUUUCGAACAUGGUGGCUAUAAUAAUGAUAAUCAUCAGAACUCCAAUGCAAAUACAACAAGCGUAAGUAUAUUCAAUGAGCUACGGCGACGUGGUGGUGUUCUCACCCUAUUGCGAGGACGUCACUUCAAACGUAAAUCAACACCCCAGCCCACAACGCCAACAGCGUCGGCGCGUGCCAAACGUCUGAGCAGUAAAAUGAAACCACGCUCCCAGAGUCUGGGUUCACUAUCGGUAUCCCUCUCGACAAAUCGCCCGCUCUAUGAAGAAGAAUGGUUCCAUGGUGUUCUACCGCGUGAAGAAGUUGUACGUCUGCUCAACAAUGAAGGUGAUUUCCUUGUCCGCGAAACCAUACGUAAUGAGGAAAGUCAAAUUGUAUUGAGUGUCUGCUGGAAUGGACACAAACAUUUCAUAGUUCAAACCACGGUGGAGGGUCAUUUCCGUUUCGAGGGUCCACCAUUCCCCAGUAUACAAGAGUUGAUAUUGCAUCAAUACCAAUCGGAGCUGCCAGUUACCGUGAAAUCAGGUGCUAUUCUCAGAACGCCCAUACGUCGUGAAAUCUGGGAGCUAAGCAAUGAUGAUGUGGUCCUGUGUGAGAAAAUUGGUCGUGGUAACUUUGGUGAUGUCUAUAAGGCCAAAUUGAAGUCGACCAAAAAAGAUGUGGCCGUCAAAACAUGUCGCAUGACCCUACCCGAUGAACAGAAACGCAAAUUCUUACAGGAAGGUCGUAUCCUUAAACAAUAUGACCAUCCGAAUAUUGUCAAAUUGAUUGGUAUUUGUGUACAAAAGCAACCGAUAAUGAUUGUUAUGGAACUGGUACCAGGUGGCUCCUUGCUGAAUUAUUUGCGUAAGAAUUCAAAUAUCUUAACAACACGGCAGCAAAUGGGAAUGUGUCGUGAUGCAGCAGCCGGCAUGCGUUAUUUGGAAUCGAAAAAUUGUAUACAUCGUGAUUUAGCAGCCCGCAAUUGUUUAGUUGAUUUAGAGUGUUCCGUGAAGAUCUCCGAUUUCGGCAUGUCAAGAGAGGAAGAGGAGUAUAUCGUAUCGGAUGGCAUGAAACAAAUUCCCGUCAAAUGGACAGCACCGGAAGCCUUAAACUUUGGCAAAUAUACAUCACUGUGUGAUGUCUGGUCGUAUGGUAUAUUAAUGUGGGAGAUUUUCUCAAAGGGUGAUACACCGUAUUCGGGUAUGACAAAUACCCAGGCUAGAGAAAAGAUUGAUCAUGGUUAUCGUAUGCCAGCCCCCGAUAAUGCUCCAGCGGAAAUGUAUCGUUUAAUGUUAAAAUGCUGGGCUGCUGAACCAGAAUCUCGUCCACAUUUCGAUGAAAUUUACAAUGUCGUCGAUGCACUGAUUUUACGUUUAGACAAUAGUCAUUAAAUUCUGCAACAACAAAAAAC